AUGUCAGGCAGGAUGCGCCCGCCCGCCUGUCGGGCCGUGGUACGCAGAUCGACGCCGGCAGCAGCCCGGUCUCCGGGGGGAUCCCCCGCGUGGCGGCCAGCAGCGGGUGCCGGGUCCGGCCUCACAGCCGGGCGGCCCGCCUGCGGCUCGGGCGGUGUGCGGGGUUCCGUGCGCCGGGGGUACCGCCGGGGUGCUCCUGCUCCCCCGAGUAGAACUCGCCCUCCUCCUGCACCCCGCCCCUGGCCUCCCCUUCCUCCUGCCGGCCCCGCCGCACCCACCAGCGGGCCCGGCCUGGGGGGCUCGCCUCCCGCCGCCCCCCGCCCCGCUCCUGUUGCGCCCGCCGGCUCAGGCCCUGCUCCUGCCCGGCUUUGGGGCCGUGCUCUUGCACGCCCCGCACCGCGCACCGCGCUCUCCGCGGCGGCUGCGCCCCGGGGCUGCCCCCCUCUUCCCCCGCCGCCGCUUCCUCCGCGCCCCGCGCCCGCCGCCGCGCGCGGGCCGUCCCCCGCUCCCGGGGCCGCCGCGGCUCCGCGCCCGGCUUGGGGCCGCCGCCGGCUGCGGCGGCACCCAGUGCCACCGGCCCUGGCCCCCGCCGCGCCCCGGCCCCCCGCCGCCCGCGGCCACCAGCUCCUGGCCGCGGGGCAGCUCCCCCAGCCCCGCCUCCUGCACGCCCUGGGUGAAGCCCCCCUCCUCCUGCACCCCUGGGGCCACUCCGCCGCCCUCCGGUACCCCUGGGCUCAACCCCCCGCCCUCCGGCACCCCGCUCGCGCCUUGACCCCGGAUGGUGCACGCGGCCGCAGCCCCGGCACCGCUCACCCGGGGGGGCCCCCCCCGGGGCCGCCCCCUGCCGCGACCCCCCCGCGCCGCGCUGCCGGAGCCCCGGGGCCGCCGCCGCCGCUCCCCCCUACCCAGCAGCCGCCGCCGCCACCGCCCCCUCCUGCCGCCGCCGGCGAGAGCUGCCGGGGCGGUGCGCGCCCGGCCGGCCCCGCGCUUAAAGGCGCCGCGUCGCCGCUUUACGUAACGGCGGGGAGGGGAUGGCGACGGGGUGGGGAGGGACGGGCAGGCGGACGGGGAAAGAGCGGGGCGCGGGGGCCGGACUCACCAGGAACAGCACCAAACCGGGGGCCGCUCGGUACAGGGGCUGGAGGUGUGAGAUGGGGCGCAGGGCACGGGCAGCCCCGCACUGCCACGGAGCAGUCCUGA